AUGUUUGCAUUCCUGAUUUGCAUCUUGACUCUGCAGCAAGUGCAUUCUGCCUGCAGUGUGGUGAGUAGAAACAUUUCUCCAGAAAACGCAUCGGUUCAGACUGAGAUCGUUGACGUUCACAAUGCAUUCCGGAGAGAGGUUCAGCCUACUGCUUCUGACAUGCUGUUAAUGAGCUACAGUGAGGAGGUAGCAGCCAGUGCUCAGGCCUGGGUCGACAAAUGUAUUCUGGCUCACGGAGCACCCAGCAGCCGCAUGCUCAAUGGAUAUGAACUGGGUGAGAAUCUGUUCUAUUCGUCUUCACCGUACUCAUGGACGGACGUCAUCAACACCUGGCACGGCGAGGCGUCACACUACCUGUAUCCCAAUGGCUCCAGCACUGGCCAAACGGUUGGUCACUACACGCAGGUGGUGUGGAACAGCUCCUACAGAGUUGGCUGUGGGAUGACUUUGUGCCCUAACAACAUCUAUUUCUAUACCUGCCAUUAUUACCGAGCAGGAAACUUCAGGGGGUGGCUACCUUACAAGGCGGGACCCCCGUGUGCUUCCUGUCCCAAUAACUGUGAAGACAAACUGUGCACCAACCCCUGUCCUUACAUAAACAAAUACCUCAACUGUCCAGCCUUGAAAGACACGACUGGAUGCAGCAAUUAUCUGGUGUCUGCUUGGUGUCCUGCUUCAUGCAAAUGCACCACUCAAAUCAUUCCAAUAGCCUAA